CAGUCUGCCAGAAGCUUGGAGCUGAAGAAGAGUCGGAGUUGGGAUCUGAAGCCAUGGCGACCCGACUUGCGCGAAGAACAAUAGCUUCAUCUUCUCUGUUCCGGCGAUCAACGGCGAUCACCGUCGGCCACGGUGGCUCCGAAUUGAGGCGGCCUUUAUCGUCGUCGAGUAGCAAAUCCGAGAAGCCGGAGAAGAAGAAGCCGCUGGACCGUCUAUCGACGAUCAUAGACGCCGUCAACGAGCGCAAACUCCCUCCUGAGCUUCGCGGCCAGCGCAACACCGUGAGGUCGGAAACUGAUAUAAUAAACGUGGUGGAGCAGAGAAUAUGGCAUUCGAUGGAGGAAGGGCAGUUUGAGAAUUUGCCGGGGAAAGGGAAACCGCUGGACCUGAGUUGCAACCCUCACGCAGACCCGGCAGAUGACACAUUGUAUAGAAUUCUAUCGAAGAAUGGUUGCGCGCCGCGGUGGGUGGAGCUGAACAAAGAGAUCAGGAGUCAGGCGGCGGAAUGGAGGAGGGCUCUGAAGAAAGCUUGGGAGAUGAGAAAUGGUGAUGGAGAUCAGGAGAAAUGGGUGGAGACUAGUGAGGCUUUGAAAGUGCAGUUGAAGCAGAUUAAUAACAAGGUUUUGGAGUAUAAUCUGAUUGUUCCUUUUGGGCGCCAAAUGUUUGGAAUCAAGUGGGAGAAGGAGCUGGAUGGUAUGGAAUUGAAAGAGUGAUAUUGCUGUUCUAGAGUCUAGACUAUAGAGGAUUGUAGAAGAGAAAAAUGCUAGAUACUAUUAUUUGGAAAACGUAUGGGAUUGAAUGAGAAAGCUUGUGCUUGAUGUUUUACACUAA